AAAAACAUAAACAGAAAGGACAGAAAGGAGAGACUGUGUAAGCAAGCAAGCAACCGUCCAAACAAGAGCAGCUGAAAAACAACAGAAGCUCGAUGAAAGCUAAACUAAAAAGCCAUGUGAAUUUUGCGAUUAUGAGAGAGAUAGCGGCUGCAUGAAGGCGAUGGUAACCAAGCAGAAGCAGAAGCUGCAGCAAAAGCAGAAGCAAAAUCAAAAGCAGCACAGCAAGCAAGAGUCAAGACCCACAAAAUCCACCAUCACCAACUCACUCCCAUAUGUCACUCUCCUCUGCAAAUAAUAUAUAUUCCAUUCUCUCGUCCUCUUCAAGCUUCUUCCCCCUCCCCAAUUAUCCACUCUCUUAUUAACCCUUAAAUGUCGUUCAUCCCCAACCCCUCCUCCACUCUACGACGCCGUUUUCACAUCCCAAGAAAUGCACCCACCGGACUUCAGCCUCACCCAUCUCAUCAAAUCCCAGCCCUCCGAUCCCGAUCCCGGUCCCCUCUUCCUCGGUGGUCUGUUCCUCCACCCCAAUGACACCGUCCCUCCUUCCUUCCUCUCCUUGGUUCCACCCAAGAACCGUUUCAGUUUCACGCGCCGUGGCAAAACGGUGCGUCUUAGAGGUUUGAGAGGAGGAGGUGGCGGUGCUCUGCUCUUGUCUGUGAGCUUGUCGAUAAAGGGGAGUGAAGGGGAUGGUGACGAUGGAUGUGUUGGGGAAUCUGGGCAAGCCUUGGGGCAAAAUGGGAAUACAAGUUUUUCGUCGGAGGAGGCCGUCGUGGUGUUCGAGAAGGGUGAGAGUGAGACUGUACGAAAGGGAUCAGGUGCUAUGAACACAACAAAGCAUCUCUGGUCUGGAGCUGUUGCUGCUAUGGUUUCCAGGACGUUUGUUGCUCCUCUUGAGAGGCUAAAGCUGGAAUAUAUAGUUCGUGGCGAACAGAAGAACCUUUUUGAGCUCAUCAGGACGAUUGCAGCUUCUCAAGGGCUGAAAGGAUUUUGGAAAGGAAACUUUGUCAAUAUUCUUCGCACAGCACCCUUUAAGGCUAUCAAUUUUUAUGCUUACGAUACUUACAGAAAUCAUCUGAUGAAAUUGUCUAAGAAUGAGGAAUCCACAAAUUAUGAGAGGUUUCUUGCUGGUGCUACCGCUGGAAUUACAGCUACCUUGCUCUGCUUACCUAUGGACACUAUCAGGACAAAGAUGGUAGCACCUGGUGGAGAAGCCUUGGGUGGUGUAAUUGGUGCUUUCCGCCACAUGAUCCAAACUGAAGGGUUCUUUUCUCUUUACAAGGGUUUACUACCCUCCAUUGUGAGCAUGGCACCUUCAGGUGCAGUUUUCUACGGUGUUUAUGAUAUACUAAAAUCAGCUUAUCUGCACUCACCUGAAGGGAGGAAAAGAAUCCAACACAUGAAACAAGAAGGUGAGAAACUGAAUGCUUUGGAACAACUGGAGUUAGGUCCCAUUAGAACAUUACUGUAUGGGGCAAUUGCCGGAGCUUGUUCUGAAGCUGCUACAUAUCCAUUUGAAGUUGUGAGGAGACACCUUCAAUUGCAAGUUCGGGCAACUAAGUUAAGUGCAAUUGCAACUUGUGUGAAAAUUGUUGAGCAAGGAGGUGUACCUGCUCUUUAUGCAGGUUUAACGCCAAGCCUAUUGCAGGUUUUACCAUCAGCUGCAAUCAGUUAUCUUGUAUACGAGUUUAUGAAGAUUUUUCUCAAAGUAGAGUCCACGUAAUACUUUUCAAUCAAUAUCAAGGUCCAGAGGUUCUUGUCGGGGUUGACUGGUUGGGAAUGAAUACUUUUGUUUUUGUUUUUGUUUUCUUUCAUGUUUUGUUUUGUUGAUACUUGGAAAAGAACCAAAAGGUCAAAAAAAAGGCAUGCAUUUUCAAAGGAGCGCUUCACAAUGUUUUCGGUUGGCUUUUCUGUGAUAUGAGACAAGAAAUUUAUCCUGACACGCAAGGCAGGCACGAGCGGACAGAAAAUUUCGCCUUUCGUUUUCUUUUUUUCUUUUCCCCCAUAAAUUCUCCAUUGGCAUCUGAAAAGUGCAAAGAGUGGUUCAGUUGAGACAAAAGAAAAUCAAUGUAGUUAAAGAGGACUUCAACAUACAAAGCUCAAGUUUGGCUUGUUUCUUAACAACGAGCCUAACACAAACUCCAGUUGUAUCAA